GCGUAUUUACAUUUCGCGAGAUUUCCCCACUCCUCGCGAGACUUGGCGUGAACCCCCGUUUGCAAGACGCGCGUUUCCCCCGCAGAGGAGCGCGUCGCUCGCUCGCUCGUGUUUGACGCUCGUCGGUCGGUUGGCGCGGAGCGACGAUGUGGAUCCAGAUCCGCACGAUCGACGGCAAAGAGACGCGGACGGUGGAGGAUCUGUCGCGCCUCACGAAGAUCGAGUCUCUGCGCGUCAAGAUCCGCGACAUCUUCCAGGUGAAGCCGGAGCAGCAGAGGCUCUUCUACCGCGGGAAGCAGAUGGAAGAUGGUCAGACGCUCUUCGAUUAUAACGUCGGUCUUAACGACAUCGUCCAGCUUCUCAUUCGCUCGCAGACGGACGCGCCAGACAGCCCCUCCCCCAACAGCGAUGAGGGCGUGGCCUGUGCCGUAGCCCCGCCCACCACAGCAUCUGCCCCCGCCUCAGCCACACCCACCACAACAGUCGUUUCCCCGGCAACCGUCGCCAACAGCAACGGAAACGGGUCCAAACCCUGCAGCCUGGCGCCGGAGAGCCAGCCGUCCACAUCCAGCCGGACGCUGCUCCUCGAUCCCGGGAUCGGACUCUUAAGAGUGAAUGAGUUAGUGGACUGCAGGGACGUCAGCAUCGGCGCCUGGUUCGAAGGCGUGAUUGAGAAGGUCUCUCCUGCAUCUAAAGGACAGAACGGCAGAGUCGGCCGACCCAGCAAACGCACUAACAACAAGCUGGAGUCUGAGCCUUCAUCCUCAUCAUCCUCAUCAUGCAGGGACACUCACAGCACAGCGCUACACUCGGACCAACCGUCCACGUCCCAAACGGAUCCGCCGCACGUCUCCUACCACAUUAAAUAUGAAGAGUAAGUGCAUCAUGGGAAGGAAGGCUCGUUGUUUUUCCCUGCUUGUCUGGAUGUUGGUUUCUAAAGCGCUGUUUGGCACUGGAUUGGCUUUAUUGCUGUGAGGA